AGCACGAGGGAGUCUGGCAGGGUGAAGGAGCUGUCCUGUGUCUUGCCCGAGGCUCCACAGAUCUAUACGUGUGUGCAUGAAAAGUUAUAGAACUGGACACCAAAGGAUAACAGUCAAUUUUACUGUUUUGUAAGAGAAGACAAAGGGACAACAGAUGUACCCAGGGGGCCACGCAGAAGGGAGAAAGGUCACACGGGAGGAGCCUGCUGAGAGCCCCAGGACUCUUCGUGUGGGCUUGUGUGUGAGGCUGAAACAAGCUCGCUGGUAUGACAGCAACUGACACAGAACCCACCUGGGCGAGGCAGCGGAGACCGAGUGGCGGAAGCCUCCCGGCCUCGACUUGCAAGUUCAUGGAGGGCCUGGGCCCCCUGGGCAGCCCGAGUUGCCAAGGGGCCUUUGGCCACAGUACCUCUGGCAGGAUGGGAAAUGACUGGGGAGAGGGGAUGUCCGGGUGAGCCAGGGCGCGGGUGGAGGGGAGGCGGGCAGAGCCCAGGGCCCGCUGAGCGAGCUCACGCCUCAGGGAAGUGGCCGCGAGUCCCGUCACCCUGAGGGCUGCCGGGGCAACGGCAACCCCGACAGUGAGCAGCGGGUCCUCUUCUCACGCUGGCCCCAUCCAGGCCUGGCACCGUCUUAAGCACCGAGAUCCAGGAAGGAGUUGGCUCUGCCUACCCUAAAGACCUUUCUUCUCUCCUCCUCCCCUCAGGUCGUGUGUGUCCCCCUGUGGAUUCUCAUGUCUUUUCUGUGCCUGGUGGUCCUCUACUACAUCGUGUGGUCCGUCCUGUUCCUGCGCUCCAUGGAUGUGAUCGCGGAGCAGCGGAGGACACACAUCACCAUGGCGCUGAGCUGGAUGACCAUCGUCGUGCCACUCCUUACUUUUGAGAUCCUGCUGGUUCACAAGCUAGACGGCCACAACGCGUUCUCUUGUAUCCCGAUAUUUGUCCCCCUUUGGCUUUCCUUGAUCACUCUGAUGGCAACCACAUUCGGACAGAAAGGCGGAAACCACUGGUGGUUUGGGAUUCGCAAGGAUUUCUGUCAGUUUCUGCUUGAAAUCUGCCCAUUUUUGAGAGAAUAUGGAAACAUUUCCUACGACCUCCACCAUGAAGGUAAUGAGGAAACUGAAGAAACGCCAGUUCCAGAACCUCCUAAGAUCGCUCCUAUGUUUCGAAAGAAGACCAGGGUGGUUAUCACCCAGAGCCCUGGAAAGUAUGUCCUCCCACCUCCCAAAUUAAAUAUCGAAAUGCCAGAUUAGACAGCCCCUCCCAGGGCAGAUCGUGAGUGGACCUGGCCCGCACUCUCUUCCGCCUUCCUCUGCCUCUCUGUUCACCUCCGCCACCCCCAGAACUGGAGCUGGAGCUGGAGCUGGGUCUCCGGGGACUUCCAUCUCAUGCCUUGUUUGCACUCAAUGCCUACCAAUGACUCACCGCGACAGGACACGCAGGUGACAGGUGCCUGGAACACGCAGCAUGGUGUGGGGUGCGUGUCAGCGGCUGUGGGUCUGAUGGAGGGAGCCUGGGGAGAGGGAAGACGUGAUUUCCCCCGGGCAGGUGCCUGCGGAGCUGGCUUGGAGCCAUCCUGGAUGGCUGCGGAGGCCUGAGCAGGAAUAGCCACACAGCUGGUUUUCAAAGUGUGAAAAUUUCCAUCAAAAGUAUUACUGAAAAAUGUGUUUUUGAACCAGGCCGGCCUGGCCGCGUAGCUCGGAUGCCCCUGUUGUGGCACAGUUAGGGCACUUGUGAAUAGGCCUCGGGCCCUGUGUGCACCCAUGCCGCCUCAGCUGGCCAUGCUCCUGCCAUGGACGUCGUUUCUCUCUGGGUUUUUACCGGCCCCACUGGUGAGCCCUUUCUAACGGAGUGACUCCGUGCCUGUAUAGUAUUUAUACAAAUAUUUUAGCGUUGUAAUAUACCGUGUUAAAUCCUAGUUCUGUACAGUAUAUUCUGUUAAAGUAUUUUUUUACAAGCUUGUACUGAAAACAUAUGUGUUCUGUUGCAGAAGUAGAGGCCAGUGGCACCCCUGUCCUGCCCAUUGGGGUGCAACCCCUUCAUGGGACAUUGCCGUUUCCCCUUCAAUUUCUCCACAUACACAGUAGCUGCUACUGCCAGAACGGCCACAAUAAGCAAGAAACUGUUUGUGCUCUUUUCUAACAUGCUGGGAAUACUGACUUGCAGAAAGCCAUAGAGCACGACUGGAAACUGGAACGCUGGAGAAGGUGCCGAGGCUAGAACUGGCCAGCGGAGUGUGCGCGUUGAGGUCUGGGCCUUUUUGUCCGCCCCCAAGCUGGGCCCGUGCUUUUAGCUAGGAGGACCACGGCUCCAGGAGCUGGGGGUACAGCCACGAGUCAGAGGGAAGACAGCAGGUGCGAUGGGAACAAGCAGGCCGUGAGUAAAAUAAGGUAAAAGGAGCCCUGGCACUGUCACCUGGGCGCAGGGGAGAGGGGGAGAGGGGGCAGCUGCUACCGUGUCUAGACCGGGCUCCACUGACAUCCACCGCGCCCACCACUCCGCCCUGGCGCCAGCCUGUAGGAAGCCUGUGCUGACUGAAGGGGGACACUUGGAAUGGUGCCACCUUUCCUGCUUGAUGUAUAGCAAAUGUAGCCCAAUCCACUCUUCUCUCCCCCUUUUAGCUGUUCAAUAAAGCGGUUCAUCAUUUUC